AUGUCACGUGACCUGGCCGUGUUGCCGUCUCAGCCCACCGCGCUGGCAAGUGCGCACAACUCAGCGCUGUCAAGUACGCCCAGCGCCGCGCUCGCAAGUGCGCGCAUCAACGCGCAAGUCCCCGCGCUCACCGUCAUAAACCGCCCCCAGCACUCGAAGUGCCCGCCCGCCGCCCUCAGCUUUCGUCUCUGCCGUUUGCCCGGUCCCAAGCGCGAGCCGCGAACGCGGUCGCGCUCGACGCCGAUUCCGCUGCCCGCCCGCCUUCCGCCCAGCGUCAGCCGCGAGCCGCCAAUGCGGUCGCGCUCGGCGCUGCUUCCACCCCGCCCCUGCCGUCUGCCCAUCCCCGAGCGCAAGCCGCCAAUGCGGUCGCGCUCUGCUCAGCUUCUAUCCCGCCCCUGCCGUCUGCCCAUCCCCGAGCGCGCCUGCCGUCUGCCCAUCCCCGAGCGCGCCUGCCGUCUGCCCAUCUCCGAGCGCGAGCCGCCAACGCGGUCGCGCUCGGUGCUGCUUUCACCCCCGCCCCUGCCGUCUGCCCAUCCCCGAGCGCGAGCCGCCAAUGCGGUCGCGCUCGGCGCUGCUUCAACCCCCCGCCCCUGCCGUCUGCCUCGAGCGCGAGCCGCCAACGCGGUUGCGCUCUGCGUAACUUCCCUCCCCUACCGCCGCCCAGCCCCGGGUGUGAGCUGCCAAUGCGGUCUCGCUCGGUGUCUCCGCUGCGCCAACGCGCCCACCUCCACGGCGCUAAUACGCCCGACGUCUGCUGCGCCAAUGCGCACGACCCGUCUGUGCCAACGCGCUCGCCCCUCACUGUGCCCACCCGUCUUAGACUGCGCCAACGCGCUUGCCCCUGGCUUCGCGACCGCGCUCGCGCUCGCUCUUUGCGCAGCAGGUCCUGAGUGCAUACAGGCUCUGCCCGCGGUCGCUCUGUCCAAGCGGCCCGCCCCACCCCCGAAGGACGUCCCCGAGUGUGCCCGAGUGCCGCCCCCGCAGACGGGCACGAUCGCCCAUGCUCUCCGUCCAGCAGCCACGCGUCACCUUCCCACCCCGCAACUCGCCAUGCCCUCCGCCAAUGUCGCCAAAUUCUCGCGGUGGCUCAAGAUCAGCUCGGCAGCCUUGCCCCGCGCCUUGUCCCAGGCGCCUGCGGCCGCCCCCGAUGCGGCACGCCGAGGCGAUCUCGGGCGUCACCUCGAGCUCGUAUGCCCCGCGCCAUCACCACCAGCGCGUCCCACAAAUAGGCGGAUCUCGGACGUGGUGCUUCUGGCGCGCCUCACCCGCUCUUCGACCCGCGCAAGGACGACCUCGUCCAAUUGA